AUGAAGACCUCUGUGCUCUUAACAAUAACUGCAAUGUGCUCUGAUGAUUUGUUGUUAGUCAGAAUGAAAAUAAAGCCUUUUGAUAACAACACAGAAAUUAGAAUUGGCGACAUACACCUGGGAGAUAACUGUCCUGUAACAAGACUAUUGUCAUUUAACUACGAGUUUCCUUAUCCUGUCACUUCUUGAGGGAUCAAGAAAAUUAUGUUCCAAACAAAUGACGACGCCAUAUUAUCAGAGAUCAGUUACAAACCAAGGUUGCAUACUACCUAUGAAUUUCCAGUGGUUUGCUUUGUGAAGAGGCUUAAAUUCCCACCUGUGAUGCAUUUUGGAAUGAGUGGGUUUGAUGCCAACACCUUGAAAUAAAUCCCUCAGAAAACAAAAGGACAAGAGUCACCAGCUCCCACACAAAGUAAAACAUGGACACUUAAUUUUAACAGUGUUAAUAAGGAGCAACUAUCCAAGAAGUCACUAUCAAUAAUGCCUGUGUUAUAA